GAUGCGCUAACUCAGGAAGGCGAUCUUAUGUUCUCACUAUUUCUGUCUUGGCCAUUUUCGCCUCUGACCGGAUCACAAUACUAACCAACAUUUUUAAGUCAUCUGAAUGUAUCGUAACGAGCCCCGCUGCGAUCAUGUUCUCCAAACUGCGGAUGCGGAUGACAUUGUGUCCAAGGAAUCAGACAAGAAUAUCUCCCAGUCCUCCCUCAACACUGCUUAUCCCACUGUUACUUGUCAGUUAGAUGCUAAGUCCAGCAUUACGGAUCAUGGGCAUAAAUACCUGACGGAUGGUUCGUAUCACAGUUUUGGCGAUAGUCACAUGACCACAGUUCGAGACGAUACAAAGCAGGAUGUCAAUAACGUCAAGUCAAGGUGCACUGACACGGGCCAUCAGCCUACAUGCUGUUUGGCUCGCACACCUUCGUCCAUCAAACCAUUUUUAGCCGGCUCCGCCUGUUCUCUCCCAGGACCAGAAUGUGCCCCAGCGCCCUUUUCACACGACCCUUUGGCCCAAAAAGCGAACAACGAUUGCGACUACUCUAUUCGAAUUACUACCGAAAUGGCUAUGGCUGGCGUAGCUCCAAGACCAAUUCGCGUAUACGCAGACGGUGCGUAUGAUAUGUUCCAUUCCGGACACGCGCGACAGCUUAUGCAAGCUAAGUGCAGAUUCCCGAAUACCUACCUGAUCGUCGGCGUGUCAAACGACACGGACGUGCACCGGUUCAAAGGUCGAACAGUAAUGAAUGAGACAGAACGCUAUGAGGCUGUCAGGCACUGUCGUUAUGUGGAUGAAGUGGUGACCGAUGCCCCGUGGACAAUCACCUCCGAAUUCAUUGCAAAGCACAAGAUCGAUUUUGUUGCACACGAUGACAUCCCAUACGCAUCCGCUAGUUCUGAAGACAUUUACAAGCCAUUGAAAGAUGCCGGCAUGUUUCUAGCCACACAACGAACUGAAGGCAUUUCAACUACGGACGUUAUUGGCCGAAUUGUACGAGAUUACGAUGUAUACCUGCGAAGAAACCUACGGCGUGGUUUGUCUCGUAAGGAGUUGAAUAUUAGUUACAUGAAGGAAAAGAAGCUUAAGUUUCAAAACAACUUUGAGACUAUUAUGAGGCACGGUUCCACUUUAAUACAAAAUUUCGACAACAAGCGUCGGGAACUUGUCGACCACUUAGAGGACAUGUCCCAAGAAGUAGUCCGCUCGUUUAUGCGAAUAUUUGGCUCUGAUGGUAGCCUGCGUAACUGGUUCCAUGGCCGAAUGCAUGCUCUCACCGACACUGAAGAUGACCGCACCUCCCCAGAGGCGGGCAGUGCAAGCGAGCUACCAGAUGACUCCGACUCCUGUGACCUGUCUACUCCGGGUGGCAUCGAUGCAGAGUCUGCUUCUUCAGAGACUCUGAACUCUCCUAACAAAUUCGUCAUGUCCCGGUCGAACUCAAAGUAGUGGUCGCGCUGUUUCACACGUCUAUCCGCUCGCGGAAGGACUUUUCGCUCGAUUCGCGCUGAAAGUGGGCCUUAUUACCAAUCCAUUUUUCUAGCCACUGAAGCUGAUAUGCCACACUUGGGCUUUUACCCCCAGGUUUUUAAGACGGGAAGAUGGGAUACAAUAACUCGCUUCACGCUCUAUCUACGGUCAUCUUGUUGCCCCAGCUAUAUAGCAUUCGUUCGUGAAACUCAUUGUGCCCACGAUUUUGUCAGCCUUUAAGACAAGCAGACACACGACCGAAAAUCUCGCAGAGCGUUCACGGUUCUAACUACUGUUCAAUGAAUUGCUGCGAUUGGAUGAGAUGCCUUUGUAGACCUAAUCGCGGAUACAUUCUUCCUUUGUAAGUGCAGUACGAUGAUAUAGCAUGUGUACUUUAACCACAUUUACAUGGUGUGAUUAGAUUUCAAUAUGCGGUGGCACGCAUGUUUCGCGUCAUCCACGCAAUCGCCCAUACGCUUUUCUUGGCACACGCAUUGUUCUUACUAUCUUUUGUAUUGGAGAUGGAGAUAUCUCGCAUUUUUCGUCAUCUUCUGUCGGGAAAUUUAAAGGAGACCAAACUCAUAAGUUCGCCUUUUGAGGAAUUUGGUGGCUGGCUUUUUCCGAUUUUUGUCCUCAUAGAGUCAAAGGAAUGAUUUAAGUUACGUUGAUGACUUUGAUGCUUCGAGCGCACCAUGUAGAAGGGGCACACACAGAAGUUAUUUCACUGAGAACCGCAUUGCCCAAUCUGUUUUCAAAAAUCCGAUGCCCUACACCUGGUCACAUUAGAGUGCAUCAUGUUCUAGGUGAUCACAUGUAUUUCGUGUCAAUAUCAUGUUACUGUGUAUCUCGCUGUUUUGAUUUUCUACCAUAUCUUGAUUCCCUGAAAGGUCAGCAAGAAGUGUGAGAGGUGAUCACUCGCGAAGUGGUCUAUAAAACCACGAAUAUGUGCGGCUCUACUUCUGUUGCUGCAGGUUGGGUUGUUAAUUUCAAGGUCAAAAUCCAUUCUAUCAUGCAUUGUGAUCCCAAAACGUUAUCCGCAAUUGCAACUGGACGAUUUCACUUCUCGUUACUCACAGAGUAUCCGAUGGAAGAAGAACAAG